AAAGGCGGCCGGCCGAGGCGCACACAGCCGCUGCCUCUGCUCGCCCGGCCCAUCUAUUUUUAAUGAACUCCUGGUAGCUGCUGCAGCGAGAGGCUGGUCCGGGCAGCGGGGGGAGGGGGGGAGAGGCCCAGGCCCUGCUCCGACCUCCAGCUCUCUGCUCCUCGACCCCCCUCCCUCCCGGGCAUGAGGACACUGCUGUGUGGCCCCGAAGCCCCCGGGAAGGGGAGGCCUCCCCAUGCCUCUGGUCAUGGAGAUGGAGUCAAGCCCAGACAAUAACAGCUGGCUGGAAGAUCAGUGGGAACGCUGGCUCACCCAUGAUAUCAGCCUAGAGGAAUUCGAGGAUGAGGACCUCUCCGAGAUCACAGAUGAGUGUGGCAUCAGCCUGCAUUGCAAGGACACCUUAUCCUUACGGCCCCAGCGCAGCGGACUCGGGCCGGGAGGCGGCGGCGGCUGCGGCGGCGGCGGCGGCGGGGGUGCGGGCAGCCGGCUGCAGGCCGAGAUGCUGCAGAUGGACCUGAUCGACGCGGCGGGGGACACGCCCGGAGCCGAGGAAGAGGAGGAUGACGACGAGGACGAGGACGAGGACGAGGACCAAGAGCGGCGGGGGCGGCCCCGGGGCCCCGGGCAACAGCCGCAGCAGCAACAGCCGCCACCACUGCAGCCGCAGCCCCCGCAGCAGCAGCAGCAGCAGCCCCAACAGCGCGGUUCCGGGGGCGGCGGGGGCCCUGCGCCGGAGCCGGGCCAGGACACAGCGCAACGAGGCCUUGGCGGGGACACUUACCGGCCCAAGCGGCCCACCACCCUCAACCUCUUCCCGCAGGUGCCACGGACACAGGACACCCUGAAUAACAACUCCCUGGGCAAAAAGCACAGCUGGCAGGAGCGAGUAUCCAGGUCCUCUUCCCCGCUGAAGACAGGCGAUCAGACCCCUCCGCAUGAGCACGUGUGCCUGAGUGACGAGCUCCCCCAGCAGAACAGUCCUGCCCCCACCAAGGACCGGGGCACCUCCACCGACAGCCCCUGCCGCCGAAGCGCUGCCACACAGAUGGCGCCCCCGGGAGGCGGCCCCCCAGCCUCUCGGGGCUCGGACAAGGCCCCGGCUCCGGCUGGAGGCCGGGCCCACCCGCACCGGGACCGGAUUCACUACCAGACAGACGUGCGGCUAGAAGCCACCGAGGAGAUCUACUUGACCCCGGUGCAACGGCCCCCCGACCCCCCAGAGGCUCCAGCGGCCUUCCUCCCCCCGACCGAGAGCCGCAUGUCGGUCAGCUCGGACCCUGACCCCAACAGCUACCCGGCGGCCCCCGGCCGGCCCCACCCCUCCAUCAGCGAGGAGGAGGAGGAGGAGGAAGAAGAGGAAGAGGAGAGGGGGGGCUGUGACUGCCUGUCAUCCCCCGAGAGGGGGGAGCCCCCCGGGGGCGGAGGCGGGGGCGGGGGCUGGACGGCCAGCCACGGGGAGCUGCCCCGGGCCUCGCUGAGCUCGGACACCAGCGCGCUGUCCUACGACUCUGUCAAGUACACGCUGGUGGUGGACGAGCACGCGCAGUUGGAGCUGGUGAGCCUCCGCCAGUGCUACUCGGGCUAUAGCGACGACAGCGACUCGGCUACAGUCUACGACAACUGUGUCUCAUCCCCCUACGAGUCGGCCAUCGGCGAAGAGUACGAGGAGGCCGCCCGACCGCGGCCCGCCGCUGUCUGCCUCUCCGACGACUCUACGCCCGAUGGCCCGGAUGUGCACUUCUCCAAGAAGUUCCUCAACGUCUUCAUGAGCGGCCGCUCCCGCUCCUCCAGCGCAGAGUCCUUCGGGCUGUUCUCUUGUACCAUCAACGGGGAGGAGCAGGAGCAGACACAUCGGGCCGUGUUCAGGUUUGUGCCUCGGCAUGAGGACGAGCUGGAACUGGAGGUGGACGACCCGCUGCUGGUGGAGCUGCAGGCGGACGACUACUGGUACGAGGCCUAUAACAUGCGCACGGGUGCUCGAGGAGCCUUCCCUGCCUACUACGCCAUCGAGGUCACCAAGGAGCCAGAGACCGUGGCAGCCCUGGCCAAAAACAGCGACUGGGUGGACGAGUUCCGGGUGAAGUUCCUGGGUUCUGUCCAGGUCCCGUACCACAAGGGCAAUGAUGUUCUCUGCGCCGCUAUGCAAAAGAUUGCCACCACCCGCCGGCUCACGGUGCACUUUAACCCGCCCUCCAGCUGUGUCCUUGAGAUCAACGUUCGCGGAGUAAAGAUCGUGGUCAAGGCCGAAGACUCCCAGGAGCACAAGGGGAACAAAUGCAGCCACUUCUUCCAGCUGAAGAACAUCUCUUUCUGUGGGUACCACCCGAAGAACAACAAGUACUUCGGGUUCAUCACCAAACACCCCGCCGACCACCGGUUUGCCUGCCACGUCUUUGUGUCGGAGGAAUCCACCAAGGCUCUGGCUGAGUCUGUCGGGAGAGCGUUCCAGCAGUUCUACAAGCAGUUUGUGGAAUACACGUGCCCCACCGAGGACAUCUACCUGGAGUAGCGGAGCCGCCCCCACCCUGCCCGCACGCAGCACCGGGGCAGCGGUCCGCGGCGACUCGCCUCUGCAGGAAGCCCUCCGGGACAGGCUCGGGGAGGGGGGAGGCCCGGCGGAGGGUGGGGGGCGUUGGGGGAGGGGGGCGGAGGGGCUGGGGGAGAGGCGAUCGCAGUUUAUUGUAAAAUACAGGAUUAGCUGAUGCUACGGUCGAUUGGGAGAUGCUGCUUCAGAAGGCGGGAGGGACAGGGAAGAGGGACGAGGGACAGGCUUGGGGCCCUCCCCGGCCCUCGGCUAAUGUCGGCUGCUGCCUGUGCCCGCCGCCCCGGCCCCCUGCCCUUUGCUCGGGGCCGGCUGAUGCGGCAGGUAGAGCGGAGGCCCAGCGGGGCUCUCUGCAGACACCCGGAGCCCGCGGGGCACACAAGGCAUCCCCGGCUCUGGGCUGGCAGGGGAGCCAGGGGCCUCUUGUGUGGGCAGGACGACCCCCCCCCUCCCCAUCCCGCUGCCACUGUAUCCCGCCCGCCCGGUCCAAACUGGCAACCACGAUUAAAGUGCCAUUUCCUGUAGGGCCUGCUCUGUGUCUUGGCCGCGAGUGAGCGUGAGCGCGGACACCCCCUCCAGGAAGCUCGAGGCCCAGACCAGCUAGAGAGAAUAAUCACUUUAUCAGGCCUUCCCGUCACUGAGGAGCAUCGUAGUAAUAGUCAGACAAAUCUGGCCCGUCCCGCUUGCGCUUCUGGACUUUGGGGAGCAGGGGGAGGACCACGCGAGGGCCUGGGUGCUUGGGAAGGAUCCCGUAAUCUGGAGGGAGAGAAGGAGGUAAGGCCGGGCCUGGGGGCGCUUACAGGCCUUAGCGCCACAAGUCACCGUGGAGGCCCCCUUGGCCCAGGGUCCUCCCGGGAGAUUCACACCCAGGACCUCUGACCCUGCUGCCUCAGAGAGAGGAGGAGGCAGGAAGGGGAAGGGAGCCUCCCUCCAGUGGUCCUUCUGCCUCUCCCUGGAGAAACCAGCCCCACAUGACCCCAGAAGAGGCAGGAAGUCCUACCAUCCAUCAGGCCGUUGGGGAGCUCCAUGGGCUCUAACUCUCCAGGAAGUGAGAGGGGCUGAUACCUGUGAGGCAAAGGAGGAACGAUGGGGAGCCGCCAGGGGCCCCCUCCCCUCCCACCUGGGACCUGGAUCUGCUCUAAGUCUAGACUAAGCAGGCAGCCCAGGCUGGGCAGCCAGGGCCCAGGAGCCUGAGGGGUCUGAGAACAGGGCCCGGGGUUACCUCUGAGGCUGCGCAUGUCCCGCGACCAGGACUAGGGCAAGGAGGAGGAGGCCCAGCCCCAUCCUAGGGCCCAGGGACCCCGGCAUGGUGCGGCAGGCUCCUUCCCGACUGGGAUCCGUUAGCCCUUCUCCUAGGAGACACGGAAUGCGCAGGGAGGGGCAGCAGCUCAUAAAGGGGGGAGAGGGGGCCCCGCCCCCGCCUCAUUCCGGCAGUUUGAGUUUCAGCGCCGCCCAACAGUUGGCCAGGCACCUUCUGGGGCCCUGUGAGUCUAGUGAGGCCGCCCGAAUUGAGAGGGCUCCCAGGAGAGGUAGGACCUCCCCAGCAGUGCCGGCCCAGGCCCCGGGCUCCUGUGGGCCGGGCACUGUCGAGAGGCUUUUGCCCAGCACAGAGCCGGGGGCUUGGCCCUACAGAGAUCCCAACGGGCACCCUGGAAGAUGCCCCCAUCCCGAGCGGUCCCUCCCCCUCCCCCGGGCCUGGGACCCCGGAGGCCACCGGCUCCCUUCUCUCCAGGCCAACGCCUGGUCCUUGUGGCCCGGCCUCCCCCCACCCUGGGGCGGGGGGGGGGAGACCAGAGAAGGUGUUGCCGCUCCUCCCAAUCACCCCACCCUUGGGGGCUGGGGGGGGGUCGCGAGGGUAAUUAGGAAGUCGCCACCCUCCAAGGGCACCUCCCGGCCCAAGUCACACAACGGCUCCUUGUGGCUCUGGAGAGGGCUGGCCCGAGUCUGCUCCCAUUUCACACAUGAGGAGAGUGGUUUGGAGAGUCCCACAGCUGGGUCAAGGGUGGAGCCUCUGGGAGGGCCUGCCCGGCACAGGACAUCUUCAGGGGGGAAAUCCCCACCCAGUCAUCAGCAAUGCCCUAGACAGGCGCCCACUUCUCUGUGGCCCAGGGGCACCCAUAAAGGUUCAAAGAUGGCCGGCUCCCACUGGAGCUAGGCCUGCACAGCACAUCCCUCCAGUUGGGGGUUCAGUUUGUUGUGACGUGGACUCUCUGGCAAUCUAGCCAAACCUGGGUUUCCAGGAAGUUAAAAAAAAAUGUAUAAUGGAAGAAAAUACUGGAUUUCAGUUAGUAGUUGGCAGAAUGUUUCUUUUUUGGCCAUCUAAGAUUUUAUUUUCUUUUAUUUUAACCCCCCAUCUUCCAUCUUGGAAUCCAUACUGGGUACUGAUUCCAAGGCAGAAGAGGGGUAAGGGCUAGGCCAUGGGGGUCAGGUGACUUGUCCAAGGUCACCCAGCUGGGACGUGUCUGAGGCUAGAUUUGAACCCAGGACCUCCCGUCUCUAGGACCAUCCAAGAUUUGUAAAGACCCGCCAGUGGCUGAGCUAUGGAAUCCAGCGUGCUGGGCCCGCUAGGAAAACCUCGUCUGCAUUCCCCUUUGGAGCCCUUUCAGCAUCUUUUCCAAGGAGUACACUAGAUUGGUUGAAAGUGAGUCUUGUCAGUCCUCUGCCCAUUCUUGCCCCAUUCGCAGGAGGCAGCGGAUGCUACGCCACUAACCAACGGUGAGCAGGAUAGAAAUGGGCCUAGAAAUCAUAGCAUGGGGGAAACAGAAGGCACAAGGCGAUGGAGAGUGGCUUUGAAAUACCAGAAUUCAUGGGGAAGAGAGCUCGAGAGGCCAGAUUUCAGACCGGCCUAUGGCAGCGAUGGGGUGAGGCAGGCCCGUUCAAAGCCCCGUUGGUGGAGCUGUGUAUUGGCCCAACCUUUCCAGAAAAGAAUGGGUGAUUUCAUGAGGAGUCGAUGGAGUACGUGCCCAGUGCCGGGCGGGUACUCCAAGGAAGACCAAAAAGGACCUCAAAGGAACAUUCUGCGACAGCAAGAGGACCCGGAGAGCGUCUUUCACCUCCACUUUAGCCAAGCCAAUGACCACAAUGGCCCAUAGUCCUAAGGGGCAAGGUGUCUCCUCUCCCUGGGCUGCCAUGGUGGGCCCACCACCUUCCAAGAAACCCGGUGGCUCCCUAUUACCUACAGGAUUGAACAUAAAAUCCUGUCCGGCCUUCAGAACCCUUCAUCAUAACCUCCCUGUCUCUAGCUCCUUCCCAUGUACUGUAAAAAUUAAAAUUAAUGUAUGACGAUUAAAAUAUAUUUUAAUUAUCAAGUCACAACUAUAAAAUGAUCCUUUACAGUACUCUUCCUUCCAUCUGGUGACCCUGGCACUCCUGACUUCAGGCCAUUUCCCCUGGCUGUCCCUCAGACCUACAACACUCUCCCUCCUUAUCUCUGCCUCCUCGCUGUGUCCUUCAAGGCCCACCUUCUACAGGAAGUCUUUCCUGUUCUCCUGUAAUUCUAGUGCCUUCUCUGCAUCUUCUCUCUCAUUUAUCCUGUGCAGAGAUUAGACCAGCAGCUCCGUGAGAACGGGGGCUGUCUUCUGCCUUCCUUGGUACCCUUGGCACGAAGGAGGUGACGAAUGGGUUUUGACUGACCCUUAUGUGUCUUCUGUACACGAAUUUAAUGGAAAACGACCGCACCACAAAAACAAAUGGAUGUAGGAAACUCAGAGGCGUAGGACUCCCAUGUAGUGACAGAGUGAAGAGGAACUCUGAGAACAGCCCUACUUGAGAACUCACAAGGAAGCAGAAUAGCCAACAUUUAUGGAGCACCUACUAGGUACCAGCCACUGUGCCAAGCACUUCACAAUGAUCUCGUAUGGUCCUCACAACAACCCUGGGAGGUGGUUAGUAUCCCCACUUUUCAGAUGAGGAAACUGAGGCAGAAGGUUGACUUGUCCAGGGUCGCACAGAUAACAAGAGUCUGGGGAUGAAUUUGAACUCCAGGCCUGGCAUUUUAUUCACUACAUCAUCUGUCUCUUCUCAAUAGAGAUGUGGAGCCUACAAAGACACCUCCAAUGAGGUUAUGGCGUCACACGGCUUUGCCCAAAUAUAUAUUUCUUUGCUACGAGGAAGGUUUCAGCAGGGCAGGGGAAAUACAAAAACAAGCUAGAAUUAAUUUUACAAUUGUUUUAAGGUAUGUAGAUGUUGACUUACUCUUCUAAAAAGACCUCCACACAUGGAGGGCUGCCCUGAAAAAGAAAGGAGCGAGUUCCCCACCACUGGAAGUGUUCAAUCCGAUGUUGGACAAGCACUCUUUGGAAAUGUUAGAUGACGGAAUUGUGGGAACUGAGUGAACCGCACUGCCUCCAUCUUGUGACUCGAGUUCUGGAAUUGGCUCAAUUCCCCUUCUAUUCAUUAUGGGUCUAGUCCAGUUUCUUCUUGUGAGAAAAUGCAUUCAAUGUGGGAAUUGGAGGAAAAUCCUAUCGCAUUGUUUGAACCUAUCCCUGCGUGGCUGGAAAGCUGGAGCCUCUCUACCUGUUGCCUAGAGACCAGAUUGCUUUAAUGCUUAUGACCUAGGUUAUGCUGACCAGAUCCAAAAACUGAUGCAAGUUUUCUCGCAAUUGUCUGUCUCGAAUAACUCAUGUCUUAUCUGGAAACUGGCCUUGUACUGGUCAACCAGUUACAGUCUCCGGUUCCUUUGAUUGAAUACAGGCACUGGGUGUCUUUUUCUGAUUUCAGGGAAUUGGACCUGUUUGCUCUCUCUCUCCCAACUUCAUAUCUUUCCUCCAAUUAGAAGUCAGAUGACUUAAUCUUGAAUCCUGGUUUAUAUCCCGUCGUUUUCUUUUAGUUCCUUACAAAUUUGUCUCCUUUGUAUUUGGAGUCCAGUGCCAAGCUGAGGAGGCCUGGCCCCAAUUUGUUACGCAAUUGGCACGCCUUGCUUAAUAAAGAGAUGCUUGAAAGCUCCAA